GCCUGCCGGGACUACAGCCCGGUGAGGACCCUCAACUGGCACCCAGACCCAGCUAAAGGAUGGACUGCGGGGGCGAUCCCGGGCAGAGGUGGAUCAGCAGAGCCCCCUAGAGAACAGGGCCCUCUGCAGUUACCCUUCACUGCGGGGACACACGGCCUUUUCCCUUUCACACCCGGCCCAUGGAUACUCAGCACUGCGCCUGCGCAGAUUCCGCUCCGCCCCGCCUCCUGACCGGAUGUUGACUGACUUCCCACAGUGCCUCGCGAGUGGCGGGCGUGCUAACACAUCCAGUAGCAUAGCGCGCGGACUUCGGUUGUCAUCACCCGUGCGGUUCAUUACUUCUGUGGUAGGGCCACUGCGUUGUCCGCCGGUGCGAUGGCGUUCCUCCGGGGUGUGUGGGGCGUACUGAGGACCCCGGGAAGGUCUGGAGCAGAGCUGUGCGCCGGCUGUGGAGGUAGACUGCGCUCACCCUUCAGUUUUGUGUGUGUUCCGAAAUGGUUUUCAUCCACCUUGAAUGGAUAUCCAAAGAAACCUGUGAAUUCAUACAUUCGAUUUACUAGAGAAAAGAUGAACAUACUUAGAGCUCAAUACCCAGAAUUAAAAGUUACAGAACUAGCAAAAAGACUUGGAGAACAAUGGAAGGAACUUUCUGAUGCUGAGAAAAAGAUGUAUGAAGAUGCUUAUAAGGAAGAGUGGAAGGCAUACAGAGAAGAGGUGAACAGAAUCCAUGAAGUACUAACUCCAGCUGAGAGAAAAUCUUUGGUAGAAAGUAGAGCACAGAGAUUUUUUAAAGGAGAAAGAGUAAUAAAAAAGAAGGAGUUAUUAAUGCUUGGAAAACCAAAAAGAGCUCGCACAGCUUAUAACAUUUUUCUGUCUGAAUACUUACCAACCUGUGAAGGUGCUACGAUACAGGCAAAAUGGAAGUCUGCACAUGAAAACUGGAAAAAUUUGUCUAGUUCUCAAAAGCUCGUAUAUGAACACCUUGCUAAAGAUGAUAAAAUACGUUAUGCUAAUGAAAUAAGAUCUUGGGAAGAACGGAUGAUUGAAGAUGGACGAAGUGAUCUUGUACGUCCCAGGCCACGCCAGCGAAACAGGAUGACACAGGAAAAGGAAGAUUGAGUUUUGGUCCUAGUGGAUAGGCAGAAGAAACCAAUUAGGUGUCAAUAUGGGAAAGUGUUGCGAAAUUAGGAAGAAUAAUGUUGGUAAACAUUUUGUAUUCAAUUACUUUUUCUUUGUCUCCUGGACUGCUGCCAUCUGAAGACAUUUUGUGUUAGUAUUUUGAAAACCCAAACAGAUGAAAGUUCAUGCAGAAUUUUAUUUUGUGUUUAAGAAGUACUGGGGAUCAGAAUAAUUCAUGUAAAUGUACAGUGAAUCAUUUUACCUUUAAUAAGGUAAAUCAGUCUGUGAAGUUUUUUUAUGCCAGAUGACAAUUAUGGAAGUAGUAUUCUUGUUCCUUAUAUAGGCAGGAGUUUCUUUUC